GACGUGACCGCGAUGUUUUUCGACGGCUAGUUUUUUCUGGUACCUUACCUAUAAUACCAGAAAAUGUCAUUGAAAUCAAAAAUACGAAAAAUCAAUAUCAUAAAACGGCUUAAACGGAAUAGCACACACACACCGGCAUUGACGAUUUGUAUGGGGAUAUUUUUCACUAUACGUAUUAUUAUGCCUACCUAAAUGCACGUUUACCUACUCUAAGCCCGCAGUGUCCCGACGCGCGAGGUGCCUAAUCGUGUUAUUAUGUUGGUAUAGUUGGUAGCACGUGUCAAAAUAUUCAAACGCUCUGCAGGCCUAUAGUUUUGACCCGCGUAAAGGUCACAAAAAACUGGUUUGAUUACAUCACAGCCCACGGUAUCCCUACGCGAGUAAAAUACUAAUGUUGGUAACACACGCUGACGCGCAACCAACGAAUCGAAAUAUUUCGGAAACUCAGUCCUUCAGCCGUGAACCCGAAUUAUUGAGUGUUCAAACUGCAGCGGAGCACACGACGACGACGCACACAGACAAUUGUACGCUGUGUGCAUGUGCUGGGCCACGGUCACCAUUCCAUAAUAUUAUUCAAUUCUUCCAAAGUCAAUAUAUAUCGCAUCAUUUAUAUAUAAUAUUAUCGUCCUGAAAAAGUGCACUGUUCGACUGAUUUCACUUUUUAACUGCAUGGAGAGUCAUGUGCGGCUGCUUAAGUAGUACAGUUGAAAAGGAUAGCGCAGCUCAUUAUGGAGACAGUAGACAUUACCACUGCGAACGCCGGCACCAAAAUUGCACUGCGCGCCAACAUCGUUUCGCUGCCGACACCGGUGCAGGUGGAGAUACUUGUGACAUCGCUCCUGAUAAUUACGUCAGUUAUCGCCGUGAUAAUGGAACAGUUAGACGCAGUUUCGAUUGUUUUAUCGGCGACAGUGGUGGCGGUCAUCGCGGUGGCGAUCUUCACGUGGGUCGGCACGACGUUGAUCCUAUAUGCAAAUAUUACGACGUGGACCACCAGAGACGGGAUUGCGGUUAUUUCAUUGCCUAUCAUGGUGAUAACAGUAUCAACUCAUACUUCGCUGUUCGUCACGUUGACGGUGGAACUUACUUUGAAUUAUAAUACGGAGCAGGCGGAUGUGGCAGAGGCGGUGGCGGAGAUAACGACGGCGGCGGAGAGGAUGGCGCAGAUGGCGGAGAGAGCGGCGAGGGCGAGGGCUUGGCGGGCAAUAGCUAACCACAUUCUUGGCCCAUAUGUUUAUCACCAUCAUCAUUUUCAUCAUCUUCAUCAUCUUCAUCAUCUUCAUCAUCUUGAAGAGUUUUUUGAAGAAUAAUUCGUCGUCGGCGGGCACUAGCUCACCUCUAAAUAUAACAGUUUUUUUUUCUUCAAAUAAUACCUUAAUUUAAUAUUAUGGGUACCUGCUGGCUACUACCUACCUAUUAAACUUACACUUAUUAAGUAAUUCAAAUCAAUACAAUGAUGCAUACAAGUAUUAUGCGCAUGAAAACCCAGCCUGGGUAUAAAUAAGUUACCUAAUUUUAACUUUUUAACUUUAAUUUCUUUCUAAAUUUAAUUUUUAUU